UGUCAUAUGACCCGGAAGUGUAGCAGAAGAACUUUGGAAGAAGACUUGAGGGAACGAGAAGACUGUGGAAAAUGUUAAAACCUAAAGCUCUCACACAAGUUUUGAGUCAGGCCAAUUCAGGAGGAGUACAGAGCACUCUUCUACUCAACAAUGAAGGGGCCUUGUUAGCCUACUCUGGAUAUGGAGACAAGGAUGCAUCCGUCACAGCGGCUAUAGCCUGUAACAUCUGGACUUCUUAUCAGAAAAGUGGAGCACAUGCUUUCAAUGAAGAUAAAUUGGAGUUUGUUUUAUUGGAAUGUGAGGAAGGUAAAGUGGCAAUAACCAGGGUGGCAAAUCUUCUUCUGUGUAUGUGUUCCAAGGAAAUCGUCGAGUUUGGGUUGUUAAAAGCCAAGGUUGAAGCUCUAGCAACAUACCUAGAAGAACCCCUUUCUCAAGUGGCAUCUUCCUGACACCUCACAACUGUCUAGGAUCAACUGCCAGCUGUCAGUCUGUUUACUGA